AUGAAGCAUAGUAUAACUAUAUUUAUGGCUGGAAUUUGUGCUAAUUAUGAGUUUGAUUUAAAAAAAAUUAUUGCUAUUUCUACUUUAAGUCAGUUAGGUUUAAUAAUAAGAAUUUUAAGAAUGGGAUAUAGAGAUUUAGCUUUUUUUCAUUUAUUAACUCAUGCAAUAUUUAAGGCUUUAUUAUUUAUAUGUGCUGGAGUUAUUAUUCAUAUAAUGAAUAAUAAUCAGGAUAUUCGAUUAAUAGGGGGAAUUAGAUUAUAUAUUCCAUUAACUUCUUUAUGUAUAAAUAUUUCUAAUUUAGCGUUAUGUGGUAUUCCUUUUUUAGCUGGAUUUUAUUCUAAGGAUCUAAUUUUAGAAUUAGUUAGAAUAAGAAAUUUAAAUUAUAUAAUAUAUAGCAUAGUAUAUAUAUAUACUAUGCUA